AUGUUUCGAGUUCUAAGCAUUUUGUCAGCUCUCUUGCUCAUUGUUACCCUAACUAAGGGUGAUCAUUCAGCCUUUAAGGCUGUGGCUGAAAGUUGUCGCACCGAGCAGCAAAUAACAGAAGUCGAACAUAUGUCCUUAGAAAAUUGGCAACCGAAUAUGUCAGCAGCCACCGUCGAUCGACGUCUCAAAUGCUAUCUUGAUUGCGUGCUACAGGGUAUGGAGGUAAUGGAUGCCACUGGACAAUUGGAUCUGGAUAAAUACAUGGCUUACGGAAUUGUGGAUGAAUCAAUGCGCAAUGGUGUUUCAGCAUGUCGCUUAGGUCAGGCUGGUCUAUCGGAUCCCUGUGAAUAUGCGUUUGGCAUCUACAAUUGUGUAAUGGCUUUGAGAAAUUAAUGAAAGUGAAAUGUUUAGCGAAGUCAGCCAUUGUGAAAGUUCAUAGCUUAUCACUUAGAUAAGAAUGAUUCGCUUGACCAAUCAAAUAAAAUCAAUAAAUCGAAUACAUAGCAAA